CUCCCUGCAGUGGAAGCCUUAACCCCUGGAUUGCCAGGGAAGUCCCCUUUUUUUGUUUUUUUGGGGGGACAGGUGUUUAUUUAGAAUGACGAAGGAAAUCACAACAAACUGCUAGUUCUUAAAAGCCAAGAACAUUACAAAUCCCAGAAAAAUAUUUUUUGUUUGUUGACUUCCUGACCCUCCCUCAAGGCUGUUUUCCCCACACUUUUGGCUGCUUCGUGUGAUGAUGUGUUGGCAGAAUUUUGCACAGAGCGAAUAGAACAGAAGGAGGGUUUAGCCUUUUCUUGGGCUGGUUUUGCCUGCCCACCCACACGCUCCCCAGGCGGGGACACCAGGGUCUGGGCCGUGUGGGGCUCGCUGGCCCUGCACCUUCCUGCCGCCCCGAGGCGUGGAGUGUCCCCGGAAGCCAGUGCCCCACCGUCCACUAGCAAUGGCCUCGCUCUGGGUGGAGGUGACCGUGCACAUCACCUGCCCCGUCAGUGGAUCCCCAGGUUUACAUGGACACCCCAGUGCCACCCACUGGGAGGGCAGCUGGAGUGAAGAGUGGCGUGCGGGCUUCCUGCGGUCGCCCUGACCCAUGGCCACAAACGGGGGCCUAGAGCAGCAGAAGCAUCUCUCGGGAGAUGCUCCAUCCUGCAGGCCGCUGUGUUCGUGUCUCUGCUCUGUCCUUACACGGCCUUGUCUGGGUGUCAGCUCUCUUCUGCCUCUGUCUUACAAGGAUGCGUGUGGUGGCACUCAGCACCCACCCACAUAAGCCAGCAUCAUCUCAUCAUCCCAGGACUCUAACUCAGUCACGGCCGCAAAGACUUCGCAUUUCAGGUCCUGGGGGUCAGGAGGGCACACCUUUGGGGGCCUGCCGCAGAAGGGUGGGCGGCCCUGAGCCUCCCUCAACGCCCAGGGUCUGGAGUUCGGGCCUCCUUGCCGUCAGGGCUGGCGAGUCCAGACCUUUGUGGAGGCAAGUGUGUGCCUGGUCACACUUCAGGCAUCUCGGGAGGGUGGCCGGGCUGGCAGUCACACACGGAUGUCCCCUCUGUCUACUGAGCCUUGUCACUCCUGCAGCAAAGCAUAUGGAGCCCCUAAAGGGCGCUUCCUGGGUGGGGGGGCUGUUCAAGGUGCUCCCCCUUGGGUCUCCUCUGGCUGCGGAGACGGCACCACGAACAUCCUUGGGCCAACGCAACUGUGUUCACUGGGGGUUGGCACGAGCUGGGCCUGGGAUUUACUUGGGGCAGUUUAUUACACAGCAGCGGGAGACUGAUACACCGGGCAGAGGGUGAAGGCUGGGAGCAAUAUCGUCGCCCAGGGUGACCACUGACCCUGGUCCUGAAGGUCUUACAUGUUUUAGCUAAGGGUGCUUCUCGAGGGGGGACCCUGCUGUUCUCGCCUCUGUUUCCAGGUGUUCGACAGCCAGGCCCGUGGGAGACGCCCAACAGAACCUCAGUGAGGGGUGCAUAUGCCUGGAGAAGUUUAGCCGACUUGCCCAAGGUCACGGAGCUUGCAGGGAACAGGGUGGGACAAAAAGCCAGGGCCCCAGUGCAAAGGUUCUUCUGGGAGCCUUUGCUGAGGAGUUGUUUGUUUCCAGGAAACACUUGUGACUUCUUAGGGUUUUCUUAGAACACACACCAUUUCUGCCCAGUGCCUCCUUAGAUGCAGGUUUCUAGACAGGGAGGCUGCAGGCAGAGGGCCUGGGCUGGACCCUGAAGGUGUCACACACAGUCCAGUGCUCGUCCCUGGGAGGGGCCUGGCCGCGGUUCUGAGGACGCUGCCCAUGUUCCACGACGAGGGCCACGCCCGGGCCUGUGGGCUCCCCGAGGACACCUUAGUGCUGCCCCCCGCCAGCCCCGCCUGCCCCGACCAGAGGGUCAUGUACACGGUGCUGGAGUGCCAGCCUCUCUUCGACUCCAGUGACAUGACCAUCACCGAGUGGGUUCAGAUCGCCCAGACCAUCGAGAGACACUACGGGCAGUACCAUGGCUUUGUGGUCAUCCAUGGCACCGACACCAUGGCCUUCGCCGCCUCUGUGCUCUCCUUCAUGCUGGAAAACCUGCAGAAAACUGUCAUCCUCACUGGUGCCCAGGUGCCCAUCCAUGCCCUGUGGAACGACGGCCGGGAGAACCUGCUGGGUGCCCUGCUGCUAGCCGGCCAGUACGUGAUCCCCGAGGUCUGCCUGUUCUUCCAGAACCAGCUGUUCCGGGGCAACCGGGCGACCAAGGUGGACACGCGCAGAUUCGCGGCCUUCUGUUCCCCCCACCUGCCGCCUCUGGCCACCGUGGGCGCUGACGUCACGAUCAACCGGGAGCUGGUGCGGAGGGUCCGUGGGCAGGGCCGGCUGGUGGUGCACAGCAGCAUGGAGCGCGACGUGGGCCUGCUGCGCCUCUACCCUGGGAUCCCCGCCUCCCUGGUCCGGGUCUUCCUGCAGCCCCCUCUAAAGGGCGUGGUCAUGGAAACCUUCGGCUCGGGAAACGGGCCCACCAAGCCCGACCUGCUUCAGGAGCUGCGGGCGGCAGCUGAACGAGGCCUACUCAUCGUCAACUGUACCCACUGCCUUCAGGGCGCCGUCACCUCGGACUAUGGCGCUGGCACGGCCCUGGCGGGAGCCGGCACCAUCUCAGGCUCCGACAUGACAUCGGAGGCGGCCCUGGCCAAGCUGUCGUAUGUGCUUGGCCUGCCGGGGCUGAGCCUGGAUGGCAGGAAGGAGCUGCUGGCCAGGGACCUGCGCGGGGAGGUGACGCCGCCUGCCGUGGACGAGCUCCGGCCCUCUCUGCGGAGCAGCACGCUGGGCCGCGGGGUCGCCCAGCUCCUCGGUCUGAGCCAGGAGGCUGAUGACGUGCGGGCUGCCCUGGCACCCAGCCUGGCCUGUGCCGCGGCCCACGCCGGCGACCUGGAGGCCCUGCAGGCGCUUGCAGAGCUGGGCAGUGACCUGAGCCUGGAGGACUUUGGUGGUCAAACUCCGCUGCACUCGGCCGCCCGAGGGGGCCAGGCUGGGGUGGUCACCAUGCUGCUGCAGAGAGGGCUGGACGUGAACGCACGGGACAAGGAUGGCCUCAGCCCGCUGCUGCUGGCCGUGAGGGGCAGGCAUCAGGGUGCCAUUGGGCUGCUGCGGGCAGCUGGGGCCCGCCUGUCCCCCCGGGAGCUGGAGGACUCGGGGACAGAGCUAUGCAGGCUGGCAUCCAGGGCAGACUGUGAAGGCCUGCGGGCAUGGUGGCAGGCGGGGGCCGACCUGAAGCAGCCGGGCUAUGAUGGGCGCAGCGCCCUGCAUGUCUACCUGGGCCUCCACUCCUCCUCUAGAGACCUCCCAUUGUCAGGAAGUGCUGCCUGGUGUCUAACCUGAGGCUGUCCUGCUGCAGCGUAAGCCAUUCCUUCCUGUUGAGGCCUGCUGGAAGGAUGGCAGCAGACCCACCCCCGCGGCUCUCUGAAUGUUGCUGUGCGCCCCCUUCCCCUGCCCCCCCUCCUCGCUGCUGGAGCUGCUUCCCAUUCUGUUUCCAGGACGCAGCCUAAAGGUCUUUGUUGGGUAGAGGGGCAAUAAAAUCUCUCUGAGGGCCAUUCCCUCCCUAGAUCCCCAAA